GCUUGGGGUAGAGGGGCGGCAGCGAGAGGCUGACGAGGGUGGUGGGCGCCUUGCUGGGCACCUUUUCUCGGCGUGUGGCUCUUGGCCUCUGCCUGAGCAUAAGGCCAUUGCUUUCCAACUUCAGCUACAGUGAUAGCUAAGUUUGGAAAGACCAAACAGAGGGAAGCCGUUGCGUCCUCCUGCACCCCUUCUAGUCCCCAGAAUCACCUCCGUGUCUCUGUUCCCUCUCUCUCUCUCGUACACUUCCACCUCCCUCUCUGUUGCCUCUGCGCCUGAAAGGGUCCGACAGCCGCAGCAACUGAGCGAAAAAGGAGACAAGAGGUGACCGCUGAUCGCCAUGGCUCGGUCAGCGACAGAACAACAAAACAGCCGCGGGUGCUGCGAAUCCUGUAUUGGCUAUUUGACAUCUGCAAAAGUCCUCCUAUACUUUGGACAUGCCCUGUCCACUUGGGGAGAUCGUAUGUGGCAUUUUGCGGUGUCUGUCUUCCUGGUUGAACUGUAUGGGAACAGUUUGCUCCUAACUGCUGUUUAUGGAUUGGUGGUGGCAGGAUCAGUUCUUCUCCUAGGUGCCAUUAUUGGAGAUUGGGUUGACAAGAAUUCAAGGCUCAAAGUAGCCCAGACAUCCUUAAUUGUGCAGAAUGCGUCAGUCAUUUUGUGUGGCAUCCUUCUGAUGAUUGUCUUCCUGUUUAAAACACAGCUUUUAAACUUGUAUCAAGGAUGGCUUCUUACCUUCUGCUAUAUUCUAGUCAUCACAAUAGCGAACGUUGCAAAUUUGGCCAGUACAGCCACAGCAAUCACCAUACAGAGGGACUGGGUUGUUGUCGUUGCUGGUGACAAUAGAAGCACAUUAGCAGAUAUGAAUGCUACUAUACGAAGGAUUGACCAGCUGACCAACAUCUUGGCUCCGAUGGCUGUGGGACAAAUAAUGACCUUUGGAUCACCUGUGAUAGGUUGUGCAUUCAUUUCUGGCUGGAACUUGAUUUCCAUGUGUAUAGAAUAUACACUGCUCUUGAAAGUGUACAAGAAGACUCCUGCUUUGGCUCACAAGGCUGGUUCAAAGGUUGAAGAGUCAGAACUGAAGCAACUCAAUGCACAGAAAGAUGGUGAACUGAAGGCCACAGAAGGAGCUCAGUUAAUUCACAAGAAAGAAAACACAGUUUCUGAGCCUGAACAGGAAAACAUUAGCUGUCUUUCUCGUAUGGCCGAGCCCUUCAGCACAUUCCGUGAUGGAUGGGUUUCCUACUAUAACCAGUCAGUGUUCCUUGCAGGCCUGGCCCUGGCAUUCCUUUACAUGACUGUCCUUGGCUUUGACUGUAUUACUACUGGUUAUGCAUACACUCAGGGACUGAGUGGCUCCACUUUAAGCCUCUUAAUGGGAGCCUCUGCCAUAACUGGAAUUCUGGGAACUGUAGCCUUCACUUGGCUGCGUAACAAAUGUGGGUUAAUUCGCACAGGCAUCAUCUCUGGAAUAGCCCAGCUGUCCUCUCUGGUUUUGUGUGUGAUCUCAGUGUUCACACCAGGAAGUCCUUUGGAUCUGACUGUUUCCCCAUUCACUGACAUCAGCGCUAGGUUGUUUGCAAGCAGUCCAUUACCCACCAUGUCUCCUGAUGGUGAUCUCCUUGAAAUGCCUUUUACCACUGAAAUGCCUGCUUUGGUCAACGCAACAUCUUCUGAUCCAGGAUUAGCUCCCAGCCCAGUGUCUCUCAUCUCUGUUAGCCUUCUGUUUGCAGGAGUCAUCGCAGCAAGAGUUGGCCUGUGGUCUUUUGACCUGACAGUCACACAGUUGCUUCAAGAAAAUGUGAUAGAGUCUGAGAGAGGUAUCAUAAAUGGUGUCCAGAACUCAAUGAAUUACCUUCUGGAUCUGCUGCAUUUCAUCAUGGUUAUUCUGGCUCCUAACCCUGAAGCUUUUGGACUGUUGGUAAUCAUUUCCGUUUCCUUCGUUGCAAUGGGUCACAUCAUGUACUUCCGUUUUGCCCAUAAAAGCUUGGGGAGGAACGUCUUUCUUUGCUGUACUCCUGAGCUAAAGUCAGUUGCCAAUGAUUCUCCAAAUUCUGAGGAAUGCAGUGCAUAGAGGAUUUUGCCUCCUCCGAGUGUUUUUUCCAGUCCAAGUUGACUGGUGUGCUUUACUAUGGGUCAGAGGCAGCCAAGGUGGUUCUUUCCAGCAGCCAAGCCCAUGACCUACCUUGUUUUCCUUUGCCCUUGGGCAGGUAACCAGGUAUGGAUUUUUACUGGUUGCAAGAGACACACUUUUUUAUGUAAGAGGAUAUCUCAAGGGUUAAAGGUUAACUACAAAACAAAAAAAAAGGCAGUUGAGCUAGAAGGACAUGAUUCUGAUUCUUUUCAGAAACACAAUUUCUGUUGAUUCAAAUAGGGUAGAGAUUGAAAUAAUUAAACAAAAUAUUGACUUAUAUGUAAAACGCUGCAUGAGAAAAUGUUACUUUUCUCAUGCAGCAUAGAUGUACGUUUUUUUCUCUUUUAAAAGAAAUGUGAUGAAAAUAUUAUACAAAUGAAUGACGACGACGUUUAUUGAUCGAUAAAGCUCUAAAACGUGCCUUUAAACAGACAAGACCUCUUUUCUGUGAUGUUGCUUCUGGUUCAGUUUUGAAGAAACAUCUGGGUUAUUUUAGUAUAUUAUCUGAAUAAGAAAUAAUGCAAAAUAGUGUAGAAUAUAUAUGUAGCACUUCCUAGGAACCAAGAUUAACCUAGCAUAAACCGAAGCUAUUUAUAUAAUACAGUCUAGCAUUGUAAAGCAUAAGGGGGGAGUAUUUUUGGUUUUAUAAAUUUUCUGUAGCAUACUUACUAAGCCUUGGUUUCAUAGUUUUAGAGGCCAAAUAUAUGAAGUGAGAGAACUAGAUUGUAUGUAUGUGUGUUAAUGAGAGAGAGUGAAGGAGAAUAAAGAAAAGAAAGAUACAAUCGCUUUCUUCCAAAAUUAUUUAAAUGAUUUAAAACAUAAGCUGAAAAUUGCAAUCACUUAUUUUACAGUAGCCCCCCCUAAUAUCAGGAAGAAAUCAAGAAUACGCCACAAGUAACUUCAUAUAAAACCCAUUUCAAAUGAAUGGGAAUUGACAAAAAAUUAAUUGGUUUCCCAGAUGAACCAUGACACAUUCUGUGUGCAUUUGUGUGUGUGUCUGCAUUAUGUGUGUCAGCAAUUUGAAGAAAUGAGAUGAAACAUGAGUGUAAUUUGUGAGUAAAUGAUUAAUAAUCUAACAUGAUUAAAAUGUAAAAAGCAUGUCCCUGAUCACAGAUCUACAUCUGCAAAAGCAACUUGCAUCCACAGGGAUGUGUAGGAGGAUUGUUCCUAUCAAGCAGCUUCAUGUUAGUGCUGGUGUUGACAACUCUAAGUGCAUGUUGGGGCAAGCUUUUGGUGAAGACUGGCAGUGAUGCACACCUGCUCAGUGGCAGAACACUGUAUAAACUCACGUCUCUAUGUUCUGCCUGCAGUUUGGGGUUCUACUGUGCUAGUCAGCCUGCGUGGUUGCACUUGGAAGGAUGUUAGGCGUGCAGAGCCCUGCUUCACUUACACUGGUCAAUUGGGACACAUCUGUAUAGCUUUAAAUGUUUUACAGAGCUGAUACCCUUAUGCACUCUUCCUUGUUUUUUAAAAAAAGAACCUUUUAGACCCUAGCUUAAUAGAAAAACGGUAUUUUAAAUAAGUUGUGGUUGGUUUGGUGUGUGUGUUUUUUUAAAAAAAACCUUGUUAUUGUAAAAGAAAACAUUGAUAAUCCGUAGUGACUGACAAUGCCAUGUAUGUAUGAAAUGCUUCUGGAGUCCUUUUUAUGGUAUACAGGAAUGGGUGCAAUGCUUUUUAUGGUAACAUUCAUGCACUUUUGUGGAAAUUGCAGUAAUAAUGCUACAAGCACUUUGCUUUCAAAUAGAAUUGAAUCCUCUUUACUGUACUCCGGAGUUUUUCUAAUGUAAUUUUAAACUUCUGUUGUUAAAUAUUUGUUAAAUAUUUGUAUGCAUAAAUAUAAACUAUUUUUCACA